UCGUUAUGAAGUUGUGGACGUGUGUGUUGCUGUUGUGUGCGGCGGCUGUGAGUGUCACAUGUGAGCAGCCGCUGAGUGACGAGGACUGGCUGGAGCUGGACACCCCGCAGGGACCGGUGCGCGGCCGCAAGGAUCCCAAAACGGACCUAUACGUCUUCUAUAACAUCCCAUACGCAACAGCUCCAGUAAAAGAAAACAAAUUCAAGGCACCCCUUCCUGCACCAGUAUGGACAAAACCAUUCGAUGCAAUCAACAAGCAUGUCAUCUGUCCACAGGUGACAAUUCCAAUUGUGUUAUUACCGGAUAAUCUGGUGACGCAAGAAAAUUGCCUUAUCGCUAACGUAUACGUGCCUGACACACGAAAGAAAAAUCUUACGGUGAUUGUUUACGUCCAUGGAGGAGCAUAUGUAAUGGGCUAUGGAGAGCUAAUGAAAUUUUCAAACCUUAUUAACAGCAGAAAAGAUAUCAUAUUGGUUACUUUUAACUAUCGUCUUGGCAUCCACGGUUUCUUGUGUCUUGGCACUGAAGACGCUCCUGGAAAUGCCGGGAUGAAAGAUCAGGUUGCUUUACUUCGCUGGGUGCGAGACAAUAUCGCAAGUUACGGCGGAAACCCGAAGGAUGUUGCUCUUGUAGGCGCCAGUGCAGGUUCCUCGUCUGUGGAUCUCUUGAUGCUGUCAAAAUCAGCGCAGGGGUUGUUCCACAGAGUAGUCCCCGAGAGCGGAGGUAAUCUUGCGGCGUUUUCAAUUCAAAGAGACCCAGUAAAGGUUGCCAAGUCUCACGCUCAAAAGUUAAACUUUACAAACGUUGAUGACAUUUAUGCUUUAGAAGAUUUCUACAAGACAGCAUCAUGGGAACUAUUAACCUCGGACUCAUUUUUUGACCGACUCGACUCAACCUUUGUCUUCUCACCUUGCUUGGAACGUGAGACAGGGGAGGAAGCAUUCCUCACUGAAUCUCCUUUAAGUAUUUUACAGAAGGGGUCGUAUAAGAAGUUACCCGUGCUGUAUGGUUUUGCCCAAAUGGAAGGGCUACUACGCGUACACGUUGACUACGAAGAUUGGAAACAUAAGAUGAAUAAAAAGUUUUCCGAUUUCCUACCCGCUGACUUGACCUUUAAGUCUGAGGAAGAAAGGGAAGAAGUAGCAGAGAAGAUUAAAAAAUUCUUUUUUGGAAGCAAACCGGUUGGUGAUGACAACAUUUUGAGUUACGUUGAUUAUUUUUCGGACAUCAUAUUUGCUUAUCCCAUGCUUUGGGCUGUUAAGCUACAUGUAGAGGCUGGAAACAAUGAAAUAUAUUUGUAUGAAUAUUCUUUUGUUGACGAAAACACUCCGCUUAUUCCACAUACUAACAUAAGGGGCGCAAAUCACUGUGCACAAUCGAUGGCUAUAAUGGAUGGUGUUAACAUAACACAUGUGGAUGAAAACCUUGCAACCCCAGAAUAUAGGAGUAUGAAGAAAACUAUAAGACAAAUUUGGUACAACUUCAUUAAAACUGGCAAACCCGUGCCGGAAGGGUCGUCACUGCCCGCGUGGCCGGCGGCAGGCGCGGACAGGGCGCCGUAUAUGUCUCUGGGACAGAAGGUAGAACUACGAAACGAGCCGUUGCUGGAGACACGCACCCGAUUCUGGGAGGACAUCUACCAGAAGUACCACCUAGAGCCUAUACCUCCACCAGCACCCGAACCACGAAAGCAUCAAGAACUAUAGAGUUAAUCUUUUAGUCAUAUAGUAAGGAUUGUAAAAAAUAUGUAUGACACCAUUUAAAUAUAUUGUGAAUAUGAAAUUGAGAAGAAUAAGGAACUAACUUAUAUUUAACUCUGUGUUGUAUAUAAAUAAACACUACAGGCAAAUACGACUACCGAAAAUACCCUCGUUAAGAUUUUAUUGGUAUUAUGGUUUGAAUAAAGUAUUUGUUUCAA